UGACAGUUGCCCACACUGUUACACAGGUACGAGGGACAGGUGUGUGUGUGUGUGUGUGUGUGUGACAACACCGACCGGCUGCAGUGAUUUCUACUUUCUUUGACUCCGGCGACGGGAACAUCAGGUUGUUUCUUUCUGAUCAUCGGGACAAUGCGAUAAUAUGAUCCAUGCCUAUACUCGCAAUGGAAACACAGACACACAAGGAAAUGGCGCAGACAGAGAUCCAACAGGAGAGAACCAAGAAGUCCGAGGAGCAGAUGUCAGAGGAAAAAUUCCUUAUCGAUCUCUACCGGUUCAUGAAGAAGAGAGAUACCCCAAUAGAGAGAAUCCCAAAUCUGGGCUUCAAACAAAUUGAUCUAUACAUGAUGUUCAAGAUUGUCAAAGACUUCGGCGGCUACCAGCAGGUGACGGUCCAGCAGCUGUGGAAACAGGUGUACAACUCACUGGGAGGAAACCCUCGCAGCACCAGUGCAGCCACGUGCACCCGCAGACACUACGAGAAGCUUCUCCUGAGCUACGAAUGCCACCUGACGGGCAAAUUAGUGAACGUGUUCCCUCGUAAUCAGCCGAAGCACUUCAACUACGUCAACUACAGCAAAGAGCACGAGGACGGCCAGCGGCCACAGAAACGCAAGCUGCCGAUGAUGCCCCUGAUCCCGAACCCUCAGAACUUACAGCCAGAGAUACGCAAUAUCGUCUUCCCGCCGUCGCCCCUCUACGCUCACUACUUUCACCCGGGUCAUUCAGUUCUGCCCCCCAAUGUACCGACCUCCUCCUCAGUAUUGACACCGCAUUGCCCCCCUCCCCCCGAACCCUGGUUCCUUUUCCCUCCAUCUCAUCUACACCCAACCGACGGGGCAAAGGAGCCCCUGGAGAAUUUGCGCAACCUGGCGGAACGGUACAAGACUGGAUUGACUGAGCCUUUGAACCUCAGCACCAAAUCGUCGCGGCAGGAAUCCAACGGCAUCCCCGCCUCGUCGUUCACCCCACCUUCAUCCAGCAGGAGCCCAAAGUUUUUGAAUAAACCCUCCCCUCUGUACACUCCCCAUCUGGUGGUGAGAGAUGAUGGGUGUGAGACACAAGACGGCGAAGCAGGUUCAGGAGACGCGUCGUAUUCGCAUCCCGUGAAAGCCAAUGAGGCGUAUGUCAUCGACGUCGACGCCAUACCGGCCUCUAGCAGCCCCUCUUGUGCUUCCACACUGAGAACAGACGAAGGCGCCACCACAAUGCAGCGGAAACCCGGCUCUCCGAGAACAGACUUAAGUGUCCGGGCGAGAGAAGAAAGAGAGGGGAGUCCGGAUGUAAGGGAGGUCAGCUUCAGCCACCUACUGCCCAGCCUCUCUCGAGACAACGAAGGCCAGAUGGAAAUUGAGGUACCGCUGUCUGUCUUCAACAACUGGCUCCGGCAGUGCGGGUCCUCGGCCGCGAUGUUCGGGGCGAAGCAGCUCGGCACUCUUCCUCCGCAGGACGUUGAACACAGACAUCCUUGUGAGCCAGACUUCCUCCCCACCAACCUGACAUUUCACACGAACCCCCGCCACCAGAGCUCCGCCUUCAGUGAGGACCUGAGGAUGCUGACGCGAAACCAUUUGCCGAGCCCAUUGCCGGCCAGCCACGCCGCUGUGAAUCGCCUCGACGACGGCCACAAUCAUUUCACCAACUAUAAACCUUUGCCUUCGAGCGGUAUUCUGAAAAAUGCAGUCAGCCAAGACACCUAUCCGUUUGAUAACAAUAACUGCAAACCCCUUCAUUUCUGGGACGUCUACGAUAGAGAGACCCAGGCCUCUCGCAUCCCAGUGAACAUUGACUCCAGUCCCCGCAGAGUUCAGCAAGACAUUGCAGUCUCAGCACCAUACGAUGAAGACACAGGCUCGAGAGGGAAGGAGGGGUCGGACUCGGGACCCUCGGCGGUGCUGAUGUUGAACUCCAGUUCCUCUUCUCUGUUGCACCUCACCACGGAGGAAGUGAUGAAGCUGAAGAAAAUCAUCUCGAGUUCCUCGUGAAGAAAAGUUCAGAUAAUUACACUCCCAACACCACAUUCAAGCUGAGCCACGAUACAUUGCCCUUCCACAGACGGUAUCUCACUGAAAUUCUGUUUGCUAUAUAUUAGCUUUUACUUGUUCAUAUGCAAGCGUGAAAUAAGAAAGAAAUUAUAAUCUGAUGAAUAAUAGUUAAUAAUAGUUAACUGUUGAGCUUUUUUUCUGUC